AUGUCGGAAUCGCGUUCCGGCGAAUUCUUUCUUUCGGAAUUUUCACCACGUCAGUUGCAACAUUUAAAGCACUUUCUUUCCAACAAUGACCUCUUUUCAAGUAAAGUGGAACCCUUGUUGGACGAAUGUGGGCAGUCGGUUUCUUCUGAUUGUCAAAAAGAGGAAGAAGUUCGUAGACUCGUUGAGGCAGCUUUCAUAGCAGACUACUUACAAAUGCCUCGAUUUAAAUCGAAACUGCGGACUCUCUUCCAGUACCUUCUUCAGUCAUUAACUCAUCCUCAGUCGGCUUGCUUUUCACGCCUUCAUGAUUGCGGCACAUUUACAGAGAUGGUUCCGAUUCUUUCUGAUCAUCGUUUAAGAUGUCUGAAAAGACCGCUUCUUCGAUUUCUUUAUCGUCACCCCACCAUACUUCUUAGUUCCAGAUUUGUCAAUCUUGAUGCUAGACAGCCGUAUUUAAUAAUGCCAAUAAUGCAGACACUUUCCUCAGACAAGAUCUUUCUUACCAGCGAAGACGAAAUUCUCAAUACCAUCUGUGAUUGGAUGCAAUUCUCACUCACCGAACCAAAGCGAUGCCGGACCGAAAGCAGCCACACAUCAGAGAUGCUCCGAUCUGUUAUUACAUCGCUCCGACUAGGUUUGCUAAGUAAUUCAGGCCUACAGAAUUUAGCAAACCUCCUCAAUGAUUAUCCCCAGUGUGUAGCUGCAGACGCUUAUUUGAAUCGAUGUCUUUCUUCCAUAAGAACGGUCCUUUCUUAUAAUUUGCGCUCGCACUUUCAGGCAGUUUUGUCAGCUAGACUGCUUCAUUCAACUUUGGGCGAAAGCGCAUUUCGUCCCCGUGCUGAUGUGCCUACUUUAACAAUAGUAGCUCGACAGAACUCCACAUCGUCCUCUUUUGUUCUGUACUUCCUUGAUUUACUCAGUGGUCAGGUGUUGAGCAGUCUCAGCCCCUUGUGCGUUGAGAGAACGCUUCUCUUUGAACCCAGCGAAAGUAAUCCAAUCCACCUAUGUACUGCUGAAACCCACAACUGCCAGAACCUGGUCUUCCUCUUCAUACAUCAGAUUAAUACAGCUACAUUAAAGGGUCUGAUAUGGGAUUUGGCCACACUGGAAGCGGAAUGGAUGCCCGAGUUAGACUUGAAGCAUAGUUCAUUUGCUUGGGCUACGAAUUCGUUUUCGACGUCUUCAUUACCUCAUUCCGUUGGAAUUGUGUAUACGGCCGAUGGAUUGAUGGUCUACUGUUCUUUUACACUGUGUAACGAGACUGUGCUAUGCGUGUACCGGUUUGAUCCGCCAUCUUGGACAUGGAUUAAGUACUACCCCAAGCCUUUUAGAGCUGGUCUUCAUCACAAGGUUCUUAAACCGAUGCCCCACGCCACGCCACAGGGCCUAUCAGAGCGAUGGCUGUAUGGAACUCUAGACUCAGGUGAUGGGAGCCAGUUUAUACGCAUGCGACCUGCUGGAACACCGGGAAGUGGCGAUUACUCUGUUGAGGUUCAAACACUUCCUUCGCCAGACUUUAUUUUGCGUGCAUACGACCUCGUUAGUGUCCGCUUAUCCAAUAGCGACGAACAACGAGCAGUGGGUCCAAGGUCUGGCUACUGCGCCUGUGUGGUCUCUAUUGGUGGUGCUAGGCACGGCGACGGUGGUGGUGGUGGUGGUGAUAAGAAUAGCCCGGAUGAGGUGCAGCCAGCCAACAUCUUCACAUUUCCCUUUAAUGCCUGUCAACGUGACAGUCAAGCGAUGCACAUGUGCUAUUCGCAGUCUCAAAACGAAUGGAUGUCUUGGGAACCUGCAUCUUCAAGUCCUGAUCUCUCGCCAUCUUAUCGCGAAACACUGCAAUUUUCCCUCUCCCGUGAACAAAUCGGCUUCCGAGGUAUUGUGUGUACCAGCAGUCUGCCAAUUAAAUUCGGAUCAGCUUUGGAUGACAAUGAAAAUUGCGUGGAUGAGGAAGAGGUGGAAUCGUUGACGGAGUUUCCGAAUAAUGCUCCUUCACUGGACCCAGGAUCUUAUUUUGUUAUGGCGGGCCGCCUCUCACAAUCCGUCGUGCCCCCAGCUCCAAAAGUAUCUGGUCUGUGGCUGCUAGAUCCAACCGUCUCUAGAUCUACCAGUACUGCGAGACAGCCCACGUUUCCCCUGCCUCCUAGUCUGGACAGUUUAUUGCAUCGUGCUACGGCUGUUUGCGGAACAGUCGUUCUGGCGAAUUGGACCGCACUUCAAGCCGCGACUCAGUCUAGCUCUGCCGCUGCUGCCGUAACUCCAAGGCCCACUAAAUCCUCCACUGUGUCUAGUUCGUCGAUUCCGAUUAUGCGGUUCUCCCAACACAACAGAACCAACGGCGUUUCUGGUAUGAGUUCAGGUUCGUCUUCCGCCCUCUUUGCCUGCCACCGUCCAAGCACUGGUGCCGGGAGUGAUUCUGACUAA